CACUGUUGUAAAUAUAUUCAUAUUCAUGCUACACACGUUUUUUCCCUCCUAACUGUGCCCAAUUUGUAAAAAAAUUAGGUGCUGUCCGUAUAGUGCGUAAGUACCAAAUUAAUACAAACAAAUACGAGACGAACAUUCAAACAAGACUUGACAUUGUAUACACAGAACGUCAAUCACAACAAACGUGUCAGAACCUGUUGGCGGUCAGGACCGCUGUGGCUGUAGUGACAUAACCUCGCUUGGUCGGUUGUUCAAUCCCUCGCCAUGGAUUUCAAGACGAGGUGUCCACUUUGCUACAAGUUCUUCUGCUGUGUGGCUCACCGAUCUGAUCAUGAACUCAAGAAUCACCCUGUUACGUUUACAAAAGAAACUGGACGUAUACAAAAUAUGUUAGUGAAACGGUUUGAAAAAAAGGCUGAAAGGUAUCUACUGACAUCUCAGAAAUAUCAAAAAAAUGUUCAAACGAUUCACGCACAAGAAAAGACUUCGGCAAAUUCAAACUUAUCCAAGUUUAAUCAUAAAUCGGCACCCAAAAGAUUGUACAGUGAAAUGAACAAACGGAUAUUGUCCACAUCUGUUUCUGUUAGGUCUGAAACAAGGCAAUUUUUGGUACCUAUCAGACGACUGUCGACUUUUUACCAUUCUAACGAUGAAACAGGAACGAAGAGCUUCAAUGAAGCAAAAGGAGAUUCACCUUGUGAUGGAGAAAUCGGUAAGACUAGCACACCUAUCAAUGAUGCGGUUGAGGACACUCCGCAGCAUGGAGUGAGGCGCAUCUGCACGCCCGGUUCUACUGUUUCAGUCUAUCAAACACCCUGCAGUGACUUCAAAACUGAUGGACAAAACAACUUAAAACCUAGGGCAAACCGAGCAGUUGUUACUCCUCUGCGGAGCAUAAUGUCAAAAAUUUCUAGAUACGAAGGUGAUAGCGAAACAGGUCCGAGCCCGAUCAUAAACAACUCGAGAUGUAGACGAGUCACAUUUUCCUUCAGUAGUAGUCAGGCUUCUAGCAUUAACAGUAGCCCUUUGGAGGUUGUCGAGGAAGUGGAGACUCACGUGGAGAUCCAGGAACAGAAAUUGUCAACUCCAGUCUGUCUAGUCGAGAGCUACAAAGGUUCUGAUGUGUUAUCUGAAGAUUUUAAAGAAAUAAAAUCGUUAUUUGAGGAUUCUUCUUCGGUGAAGGAAGGUGGAUUUUUUAAUUGUGUGACAAGUAUAUUUUGUUCUGCCGUGCACACGAUACCUUCGAUUGGCUCUUGGGGUUUAUCUCAAAACAAAAACAGAAACAACUCAAAACGCUGCAGGAGCCCAGAGAUUAGAGAAGCCGGUGAAACAGAACUAUCAAGCCCAAUUCACAAACGCCCGUGCUACCCGUGUGACCUACGUCUGAAUCCCAUCAAAGCGAGGAAACCCAUAGGUAAUUCAUAAUCUAUUGCUCUAAAUUUGUUUUGUGUAACUUCAUUAUUCUCUUUGAAAUAUUUUUUGUGAAUUUGUAAAGAAAACUCACACCAUUCGUGGUUGAAUUCAGAAUUAUAACAUAAACUAGAGACUAGAAAUGUUGACUGACGAUCAAAAAUAGUUGUGAUAUAGAAGUAAUAAUACACAAUUAUUAUAGUCAUGUAAAUUCAAAGUCUGCUGUAACAUUUUUAGUUCUAUUGUGAAAUUAAUACUGAAUAAGUGUGGGAGACAUGUUUUAUACCAGAACUGACUUUGUUCUAUUGUAAAUACUAGAGUUGCUAUUACUUAAAGUUCCUGACAUUGAUUUAUGGAACCUGAGCAGUGUAAAUUUGGUAAGUUACUUAUGAGCAAGGGCUAUAUGUAAGGAUGAUGUUUUAACUUGAACAUAACUGAGUUGUAAAUAGUCUUUUUAAGCGCUGUUUAUUUAUAAAAUCUGAAAUUUUAUUUGAAGUUAGUGUUAAAAUGUAUAGCUUUAACUCUUAUUAAUUUAUUACGAUAUAUGUUAAUUUUCAAUUUUAUUCUAACAAAUGUUGUAUGAUGGAUACCCUUUGGGUCCCUUCAAAUAUAAUUACUGUUUUAUUUGAAAUUUAAAUAUUAAAUAAUUAUAACAAUGUUACUCAUGUAAAUGAUUUAUAAUAACAAUAAAUGAUCAUUUUAAAUUACGAAUAUGAUAUUUUUUCUAAGAAUUUGUCUUAUGAUAUUCUAUUUUUUUGUCUUAUACUCUUAAAAUUCUUUGGCCAAUCAAUUUGGCCUGUAAUACUGUAUUUUACAUGAACAAUACCUUUGUAAUAGUAAAGGGCAACUGUAAGAUGGUGAUGUUCAUAGUAACACUAAUAGGGCAAUUAUUAAAGAAUCUUUGUGAUUUAAGGCUAAAAAAUCUCUUAAAAAUGAAUGAAAAUAAAACUGAAAGCAUACUCUUUUCUCUGAGAAAUGUUGGAAUGCAUACUCUAUUUUAAAUCAAGUAAAAGGUCUUAGCUAUUGGUUAAUAUAAGUUUGCAUGGGGGUAAAAACAGAUAAUUUUCAAAGCCAAUGAGAGUUUGUUUUUUAUCACACAAAAUUAAAGAGCUUUUGUCAGAAAUUAUUAAAUUAAAAUUGCUUAUUUUAGUUUUUUAUUCCAUCUAGUUAUAGAAACAUUGUUAUACAAAAUAAUUAUGAUAUACAAGACAUGCCUAUGACUUGGUUCUGCCUAAAAUGAAAUUAACUAAACACAGUAAAUGUUAUAAAUACUUGUAAAUCAAACUUUUAACAAACUUCCUGAAGCAUGGAGAGUAAAUAUUUGUUUAAAAAUGUUUAAACAAUACAUUCCAAAUUGUUCUUAUCUUAAUGUUUUUUCUUUACCCUAACAUAAACAAUGUCUAUAUCUCUUGUUGCACUCUGUACUUUUGUACAUUAUUGUAAUGUGUAUUGUUUACGAUUGACUUUUCCUAUUCUGUAAAAUGACAAUAAAAUGAUUUUGAUUCUGAA